GAGAGCGAGAGCUGAAGGUGGAGUUGGGUGCCUUUCCCCACCGGCUUGGCUGAUUUACAACGUCCUGUUGGGGGGCUGGAAAGCCGGACGGGCCAUGUGGAUCCCUGCCAGACCUUCCCUACAGCCCUGCAGGGGAGAGACGGCUCCAGGCCCCUGCAGGACCGUAAACAGUCAUAAACGUCAGGAGUAAAAUACAGGGGGGGGGAAUAUAUACACACCCAUAUAUUUAGUGUACAGGGCAAAGUCCAGUUCACAUCCUCUCUCUGCUGCCAUGGACCUCAGCGGGGCUCUCACCCCAGCCUUGCUGCUGCUCUGCCUUUCCUGCUUGCUUUUGUAUCUGAAUGGAAAAAGGGGGAGCAGGAAAAGUGGGAAGAUGCCCCCUGGCCCAGCCCCGCUGCCUUUCGUAGGCAACCUCUUCCAGUUAGACCCCAAAGAAAUGCACCGAUCUCUGGAGAAGCUCAGCGAGAGCUAUGGCCCCAUCUAUACCGUCCACUUGGGGUCACUGCCUUGCGUGGUCCUCUGUGGAUACCAGGCGGUCAAGGAGGCCUUGGUGGACCAGGCGGAUGACUUCAGUGGCCGUGGGGACUUCCCAGUCUUCUAUCGCUUCACCAGGGGCAAUGGCAUCGCCUUCUCCAACGGGGAGAAGUGGAAGGUCCUCCGCCGCUUCGCUCUGCACACCCUGAAGAACUUUGGAAUGGGAACGAGCAGCAUUGAAAGCCGGAUCCAGGAGGAGGCCCAGUUCCUGGUCCAGGAGUUCCAGAAAACUGGUGGGGCUCCCUUCGACCCCAUCAACCCCAUUUGCCGGGCCGUCUCCAACGUCAUCUGUGCUGUGGUGUUUGGCCAGCGCUACGAAUACCAAGACACCGACUUCCUCACCCUCCUGGACCACUUCAACGAGAACUUCAAGAUCAUGAGCUCCAUCUGGGGGGAGCUCUACAACAUCUUCCCCAGCCUCAUGGAUGUCCUGCCAGGGCCCCAUCACAAAAUCUUCCGCAACUUUGAGAAACUGCGUCAGUUUAUCACAGAGCGCAUUCGAUGCCACCAAAAGGAUCUGGACCCCGGCGCCCCGCAGGACUUCAUCGACUGCUUCCUCAUCCGCAUGGAGCAGGAGAAGCAAGACCCUCUGAGCUACUUCCACACAGAGACACUGGUGAUGACCACCCACAACCUGUUUUUCGGGGGCACCGAAACCACCAGCACCACACUGCGCUACAGCUUCCUCAUCCUCAUGAAGUACCCCGAAGUGGCAGCUCGAGUCCACCAGGAGAUUGACCACGUGAUCGGGCCGGACCGCCCCCCCUGCCUGGCUGACCGCAAGCACAUGCCCUACACGGAGGCCGUCCUCUACGAGAUCCAGCGCUACAUCACCAUCCUGCCCAUGGGGCUCCCUCGCGCCGUCACCCGCGACACCCCCUUCAGGGGCUUCCUGCUGCCCGAGGGCACCAACGUGAUUCCUCUCCUGAGCUCAGUACACUAUGACCCAACCCAGUUCAAGGACCCCACAGCCUUCAACCCAGCCAACUUCCUGGAUGGAAACGGCGCCUUCAAAAGCAGCAACGCCUUCAUGCCUUUCGCCCCAGGGAAGCGCAUUUGCCUGGGGGCCGGCCUGGCCCGGAUGGAGAUCUUCCUCUUCCUCACCACUAUCCUCCAGCACUUCAGCCUCCACCCCAUGGUCCCCCCUGCGGAGAUCGACCUGUCGCCCCAAUGCACAGGCCUGGGCAAUGUGCCCCGCCCCUUCGAGUUCAGGCUCCUCCCUCGCUAGCUGGAGGAUAGCUUCCUUCUCCGGGCACAGGACCAGAAAGAGGUGCUCAGCCCUGGCGCUGGACCCACAACCAGGCAUGGGGCUUCACUGCCCUCCCCCAGACAAACAGCUGGGUCGUCACGCAUCCCUAUUCUGCACCUUGUACAUAUUAUUAACAUGCAUGCAUAAUUCCUCUUGCUUUACAUAACUUGCUCCCCAUUUGGUCUGCCUUUCUCAGCUCUCCAUCCUCAACCUUUCGAGGUUUCCACAGGUGCCGCUCAGAUGCUUUAAACCAGUCCGUUCCCAAAUAUUUUGGGGCCACCCGCACCCCAGUUCUGUAAACUCAUCCCCAGUGCCCCCCGCCCUAUUAAAAACAUUGUUCGGACUAGCUGUUCACACGACCUGCUGAGAAAUAAAUUUCAAAGCAGUAACAACAAAUCGCACAUCUAUCCAAAAUCCAGUUGGGGGUUUUGAGUUUCAUGAAUUCGGCUGCAUGAAUGAACUUGGAUCCAGGGACUUGGAUCCAGCUUAGCGUUGCCUUACGUCUGCAAUUUCUGGGACAUUGCCGGGAUUCUGCCGUCUGAAAGUGUUUGGCCGCUUGUUGGAAGAGUCAUCAACCCAAGGAUUUGCUGCCACCUAGCGCUGAUGCAAUUAAUUGCAGGCACACACAAACACAAAAACAUUUAAUAAAAAACCUGCUUCUUUCCCA